AAUUAAUGAAUUAUUUUCAUGUCUACUCCGCGAAUUGGUCCACUUGUUCAAUUAGAAACAACUUGUACAACCCUUCUAGGUGAACUUCAGAUCAUUUGGGAUGAAAUCGGGGAGACAGAUGCUGACAGAGAUGAAAUGCUGCUUGAGCUUGAACGAGAGUAUGUGGAAGUUUACAGAAGAAAGGUAGAUCACGCAAAGCUCUCUAAAGCUAAUAUGAGGCAGACAAUUGCUGAUAAUGAAGCUGAACUAGCUGCUAUCUGUUCAGCAAUGGGGGAGAGGCCAGUGCAUGUUAGGCAGUCGGAUCUAAAAGUUGGAAACUUGAAGGAAAAGCUCGGGAAAAUUCUUCUGCAGGUGGAGGAGAUGAAGAAAAGGAAGAUAGAAAGAAUAAAUCAUUUCAUAGACGUCCUGGACCAAAUACAAAUGAUAAGAAAUGAGAUAAGUGGAUCCACGGAAUCAGUUUCCUCAGAAACACUUGUAGAUGAAACUGACUUGUCCUUGUUGAAGCUUGAAGAAUUGCACAGACAGCUCCAUGAACUUCAGAAAGCGAAGAGUAAUCGUCUGAAGCAGGUUAAGGACCUCCUUAACAUGUUGAACUCCCUCUGCUCAGUGAUGGGUAUGGAUUUCAAGCUCAUAGUUACCGAGGUCCAUCCUAGUUUAGGUGACUUUGAAGGAUUGAGGAGUAUUAGCAAUAAUACGAUUGAGCUGUUAGGUACAACAAUAAAUAGCUUGCGGGAAGUUAAGAUACAGAGGAUGGAAAGGCUGCAAGAUCUUGCAACUACCAUGUUGGAGUUGUGGAAUCUGAUGGAUACACCGAUUGAGGAGCAACAGAAAUUUCAGAAUGUUACACGUAACGUAGCUGCUUCAGAAGAUGAAAUUACUGAAACCAACACUCUCUCUGAGGAUUUUAUCAACAAUGUUGAUGCAGAAGUUUCUCGGUUGGAAGAGUUAAAGUCCAGCAAAAUGAAAGAGCUUGUCCUCAAGAAGAGAUCAGAGCUAAAGGAUCUCUGUAGGAAGACACACCUGGUUCCGGACACUGAAUUAGAAGAUGUCAUUGAAGCUAUUGAGCCUGGAGUUGUUGAUGCUGCAACCAAUCUAGAACAAAUUGAACUUUGUAUUGCUAAGGUUAAAGAGGAAGCUUUUAGCAGAAAAGAAAUACUUGAAAAGGUCAGUAAAUGGUUGGCGGCAUGUGAGGAGGAGUGUUGGCUUGAGGAAUAUAACAGGGACGAAAACCGAUAUAAUUUUGGAAAAGGAACUCAUAUUUCACUCAAGCGUGCUGAGAAGGCUCGUGCCUUAGUUAAUAAACUUCCAGGAAUGACUGAGGCAUUGACUUCAAAGACCAUGGCUUGGGAAGAGGAGAGAGAGACUGCAUUUUUGUAUGAUGGUAUUUCUCUCCUUUCUAUGCUCGAAAAUUACGCUACUUUGCGAGAGGAGAUAGAGAAACAACGGCAUAAGUUGCGGGACCAGAAGAAACUUCAGGGACAGAUAAUAGUGGAGCCAGGGGUACUUCAUCUUUCAAAACUAAGCCUAUCAAAGCCGCAGAGUGCAAAAAAGUGUUCCAAGCAGUAUAGCUUUAAAAGAACCGCCCUGGGACCAAGGACUCCUCAAAUACGUUCUAACAAGAAAACUGAGCUUAUGUUUCAAAAUGACUGUUUAAAUCAUCGGCAGGAUGAUGCCAUUCCAGCUUUCCCAGCUUUUAAAAGAGGCCUGGGAACUGCCGACACUCCCUUUCGAAAGCACUCGUCAAAUGCUGUAAUUGCUAAUGAAGUAGAGUCGCCACUGGUUCAUAAGCCAUUCUCGCCCAUCUAUCCAUCAUCAAAAGCCAAUAUGACAAACAAGCUAGAAGAUAACGGUGAAGGUAAAACUUUACAGAAAACGGUCCCUACCAAUGAUCUGUCCAACACCCCGACUUGCUUGAAGAUAAAUUCUUCGGUCUACGAAGAAAACCGGAUGCCGAGGGCAAUGCAUUCAAUGGCAACAACCCGAUGCAGACAGACACGACACAAGCUCCAACAACACAAACUCCGGAGAACAAUGAUACGAAGCCAGUCGAAGGAAAUCAUGAAGAGAACGAGGAGUCGAUUGAAGUAAACAAGGCUUGCUUGUAUCCGCUCAGAUAAACAGAUAACAUUGAUGAUACAAGUA